AUGGUCAGCACAACUCGUGGAUUUCUUCCUAGACAGGAACCCCUUAUUGAACUUCCAUCGGAAUUCGCGGCCCUUGAGGAUAUCCUACAACAGCUCCCUGUAAGGAAGAGGGACGGAACCCCGGGCCUUCUCGCACAGGGCCGUCUGGGUGAUGUUGUUCACGAGUCGUUCCCGAAUCUUAUCGACGCUGUCGAAAAGUAUAAAGAUAAUCAGGUAGUACUGAAUGCUUUGUACAGAGACUACUCAUUCCUGGCUAGUGCAUACUUGCUUGAGCCAUGCCAUCACAAGUAUCUCAAGGAUGGAGAUUAUGGACUCGCACGGGAUGUACUUCCGAAAUGUAUCAGUUUGCCUAUCGUCAAGGUUGCAGAUUUAACCGGUUUUCAACCUUUCAUGGAGUAUGCCGGAUCCUAUGCGCUCUUCAACUACCGUCUCCUAAACCCAGAUGAGGGCCUGAACUAUGAUAACAUUGCAAUCAUACGCGCCUUUGAGCAUGGACUUGACCGUACAUCCUCCGAAGCUGGAUUUAUUCUUGUCCACGUCGACAUGGUACAGCAUAGCGGUGGGCUCAUCGAUGGUGCUGUAAAGGCUAUCCGGGCUUGCCAGGGAGAAGGGAACCACGGAGCCUUCAGAGAUGGACUCAAGCAAGUGCUAGCUACCCUACGCAAGAUUAAUGCCACGAUGGAAAAAAUGUGGGGGAAAUCGAAGCCAGGCGACUACAAUAGCUUCCGCACAUUCAUAUUCGGGAUCGCGUCUCAAUCUAUGUUUCCAAAGGGCGUCAUUUACGAAGGCGUUUCUGACAAACCCCUCAGUUUCCGCGGCGAGUCUGGGGCCAAUGACAGUAUGGUCCCGCUAUGCGAUAACCUACUCGAGAUCAGCAUGCCCGACACACCAUUGACGGAAAUUCUCAAAGACUUCCGCAAGUACCGUCCCGGAAACCAUCGCGAUUUUCUCGAGUGGGUAAAAGAAUCUGCGGCUGCAGUCGGCAUCCAGGAUUUCUCUUUACGCGAUCCUCAAUCCGCGGUUUUGUACCUUCUUUGUAUCGAUCAAGUGCGCGACUUUAGGUGGCGUCAUUGGUGCUUCACCCGCGAGUAUAUUCUCAAGAAGACCAAUCACCCGACCGCAACAGGAGGCAGUCCUAUUGUUAGGUGGCUCCCUAAUCAACUGAAAGCAGUCUUGGCUCUUGAGGUUAAGGUGAUCGAGAAGCUAGCGGAGAUGAACCACGUUACCAAGGAGGUUGAGCAAGUGCGCGAGAUUGUUGAAAGACAGACCCUGAGUCUCGAGAAGGAGGAGAGAAAGUAUUGCGAGGAGCGCAAACAGUGA